AGCUACAAAUACUUCACCAUCACUGCAGCACUACUGGCUUUCCCAUAUGCAGUAUCCCUUCUCCUCCUCCAAUCCCUCACCCCUUCCUCCUCCUUCGUCCUCCUUCUCCGGGCCCGCAUUCGCGCCCUCUUUAACGCGUCCGGGUUCCCUCCCAAUUCAAUCCUUGAAAGAAAGCUCCCGGAGACCAUUGCCGUGGCGGUUCUUGCCCUCCCUUCCUCCCUCUCCUCCUCCAUCUUCAGCAAAGCCUCUGUCAUCCACGCUCUCCACACCAGUCAAGAUCAUCCCAAGAACGCGUCUUUUUCGCAUUUUUUCAAACUUUACGCCGUUUUGAUCCAUACCCAAAUCUGCAAUUCCCUUUUUACCCUCUCCACGUACGCAACGUGUUUCUCAUCGGUGUUCUUGGCAUUCAACCUGGCCGAUGGGUUCGGGGUUUCUGGUCUCCCCGGGCUCGUCCCAUUCCUCUCUGCAACAGGAGCAGUCCUUUCCUCCUCCACAGUUUCAAUCACUUUCAUCAUUUGCCCUUUGGCACUGAUCAUUACAGGAGUGGAGAAAACAGGGGGAUUCAUGGCAGCUCUCAGCAAGGCUUGUGGUCUGGUCAAGGGAAGAACGGAAACGGCAUUGUGGCUAUCGGUGUGGAUCAACGCUGUAAUGGCUGCCGUUGAAGCUCUGUUCCAGUACAGAGUUGUGAGGGGUUAUCAUGACAAUGGAGAAACUGGGAUUUUUUCAGUGGCCAUGGAGGGGAUGUUCAUUGCCUAUUUGUACUCUGUUGUUCUUGUUCUUGAAACUAUUGUUGCCUAUUUUUUUAUAUCCUCAGGUGGCUCAAAAUGGAAUAUUGCCAUCCCAUACUAAACUUGAUUGUGAAAAUGAUUAAAUGAAUGAGAGUAGUGUAUACACUUUAGUUAAAUUAUUGGAUGUUUUGUUAAAUAUUUUCCGAAUUAGUUGAAAUAAUUUCACUGUUAAUCU